UGUCGUGCUUUUCGUGCGAUCAAAUGAUUUGUAGAAUAUUUGUAAUUUAACAUAACGACUACUUAAAUGAGAAAAAGUAAUAUUUCGAGAAUUGAAUAUCAAUUUAUGCAUUUUCGUCGAAAUUGGUUAGGAAUAAUCUUUUGAGGUUAUUCCACAUAAAAAAGUAGGAAAGUUGUGAAUAAAUUGUAGAUUCUAGAUUAAAAAUGAAAAGAUCACAUUCUAGAAGAGACAGAACCGAGUAUGACAGAGACUAUCAUAGACGCAGUUCACGAGAUCGACAUUACCACGAUAGAAGUAGCAGAAGAAACGAUCGAUAUAGAAGAAAUUAUAACUCCGACGAACCAUAUAGAGAGACGCAAUCUUACAGACGACAAGACGUAACAGCCACAAGAGAACACGAAGAAGAAAAAACAAGGAGAUACGAAAAAGAUAAAGUUAUGGACAGAGAAAUGGAGAAAAAAGAUGGAAAAAAUGCUUCUCGCGAGGCAGAAAGACAAAGUCGAACUGUCGAGUUAUUAACUUCUAAAACUGGCGGUGCUUACAUUCCACCUGCAAAGUUACGUAUGAUGCAAGCAGAAAUUACUGAUAAAUCAGGCGCUGCGUAUCAACGUAUCGCGUGGGAAGCUCUAAAGAAAUCUAUACACGGUUAUAUUAACAAAGUGAACGUCAGUAAUAUCGGACUUAUAACUCGAGAGAUUUUGAAAGAGAAUAUUGUCAGGGGUAGAGGUUUGCUUACUCGAUCUAUAAUUCAAGCUCAAGCGGCAUCGCCUACCUUUACUUCCGUUUACGCAGCCUUAGCUGCGAUCAUUAAUUCUAAAUUCCCCAAUAUCGGUGAGUUAAUACUAAAACGUCUCGUAAUACAGUUUAAACGUGGUUUUAGAAGAAACGACAAACCUCUCUGUAUAUCUUCUGGAACGUUCAUAGCACAUUUAGUGAAUCAAAGAGUGGCGCAUGAAAUCUUAGCUUUAGAAAUUUUAACGUUAUUGGUAGAAACGCCGACAGACGAUUCUAUCGAGGUAGCAAUUGCAUUUUUGAAAGAGUGCGGUAUGAAAUUAACCGAAGUGUCUAGGAAAGGUAUCGAAGCCAUAUUCGAGAUGUUAAGAAAUAUAUUACACGAAGGACAAUUAGAUAAAAGGGUACAGUAUAUGAUAGAAGUUAUGUUUCAAGUGAGAAAGGAUGGAUUCAAAGAUCACGAAGCUGUCCCAGAGGAACUUGAUCUCGUCGAGGAAGAAAAUCAGUUUACUCAUUUAGUUACAUUGGACGAAGCAACCGAUUCUCAAGAUAUAUUAAACGUUUUUAAGUUCGACGCAGAAUACGUUAGCAACGAGGACAAAUAUACGCAGUUGAGUAAAGAGAUAUUAGGUUCGGAUGUCAGUGGUUCAGAAAGCGAAGACGGCGACGAGGAUGACAGUUCGGACGAAGAUGGCAGCACCGCUGCAGCAGAAGGAAAAGAAGAUGUGAUCGUAGACAACACCGAAACAAACUUAACUGCUCUUAGAAGGACAAUAUAUUUAACGAUACACUCGUCGCUUGAUUUUGAAGAAUGUGCACACAAAUUGAUGAAAAUGCAGCUAAAACCUGGCCAAGAAACUGAACUCUGUCACAUGUUUUUGGACUGUUGCGCAGAAAUGAGAACAUACGAGAAAUUCUUUGGGCUUCUGGCUGGUCGAUUUUGUGCCAUCAAUAAAAUGUACGUUACGCCAUUCGAGCAAAUUUUUCGUGAUUCGUAUCACACGAUUCAUCGUUUGGAUACAAAUAAGCUACGUAACGUGUCCAAGUUUUUCGCCCAUUUGCUGUUCACCGAUUCUAUAUCGUGGGAAGUGUUGUCUUGUAUAAAAUUGACCGAAGAGGACACGACAAGUUCUAACAGAAUAUUUAUAAAAAUCUUGUUUCAAGAGCUUUCGGAGUAUAUGGGACUAUCCAAGCUCAAUCAACGCGUCAAAGAUGUUACGUUGCAAGAAGCGUUCGAAGGAUUGUUUCCCAGAGACGAUCCGAAAAAUACUCGUUUCGCUAUAAACUUUUUCACGUCUAUCGGUUUGGGCGGGCUCACGGACGAUUUGAGGGAACAUUUAAAAUCUCACCCAAAGCCCACGAUAAUACCUGUAAUAGAACAAAACAGCGAGAGCGUUUCAAAUUCCAACGAGUCCACGCCUGCUAGUUCACACGUAUCAUUGUCAUCGUCUUUGUCCUCUAGUACUUCCAGCUCUGACGAUUCUGAUGUAUCCUUGGAGAAAGAGGUAACGAAAUCGAAGAAAAAGUUACGAAAGGAACAGAAGAAAAAGCAAAUUGAAAAACAGAAGAAGCAGAAGCAGAAACAGAAACAUAAAAAGAAAAGAAAAGAGAAAUGAAAUUGAAAAGUACAGGAUCUAUCUAAAUAGAAUCCAUAGUACAAUGAUUUCUUGUGCAAAAAAGAAUUUAAACUUUCCCUUGUAGCCUGAUCGUCAUUUUCUAAGCCUUUUCGACUUGCGUCUGAAACAAGCUGUAAAUUAAAUUAAGCAUUUUAAUGCUCGAUGAUAUAAAUAUGUAUCUAUU